AUCCUUGUUUGGAAAAACAUUGGGAGCUAGUCUUGGUCUCGUUCUUAGGGGAUCUAGUUUUGAUAUUUAGAGUAUCUGGUCCUUGACAACCAUCUGAUACGUACCACAAGGUAACUACUCUUUUGUAAGGGAAGACAAACAACUAACAACUAAUGUCAGAUAAAUACAAGACAAUACAACCGAGAUGUGACCGUUCCCCCAAUAUUGUGUGAUGCUGAGCAAAAGAAAGGUCAGAAGUGAUGAGAUUAGGUCGUUUUAUGACAUCACAUGCACAGAUGAGCACAGGUUAAUUACAGAAACGUUGUCUUCCAAAAGGUCUUUGCUUCGCUAUCAUAAUCUAUCUGAAUGACACCCAAAGUGCGUAGGUCAGAAAGGGUCUUUGAGACCAUAUAAAAUAGACUCGGGCCACUGAAGAAAUGUGAGUUUCUCUUCCAACCCAAAAGGGUUCACUGAAAUAGAACGUAGAGAUUUUCAGCACUUCAGAGACAACGGUUCUCUCAUCCAGUCAAUUUCAUCAUGUACAAAGCUGCAGUUUUUACCCUCGCCCUGCUAGUGGCAUUCAUGGAGACCGCCAAGGCCACGGACGUCCACCCCAUCUACGGAGUGAAGCUGUGUGGCAGAGAGUUCAUUCGUGCGGUCAUUUUCACCUGUGGAGGUUCUCGCUGGAAAAGAUCUUUGGAUAUUACAGGUGACCUGUCUAAUGAUCUGCUCUUGCCCCAUGAUGACGAAGCCUCUGAUAGCUGGGCUACCAACCCCAUCCCUGGACUCUUGUACAGACCUCGCCCUGACUCAGAAGCUGCUGCCUGGGCAGGAGAGGGCCAGGAGAGCCCCAAGUUUAAUCGCCCCGCCCGCUCGCUCAUCUCAGAGGAAGUGCUGGAGGCCUUGCGGUCAUCAGACAGGAAGGGGCGGGAUGUGGUGGUGGGCCUGUCCAAUGCAUGCUGUAAAUGGGGCUGCAGUAAGAGUGAAAUCAGCUCAUUAUGUUAAAGGACUGUUUGUUGUAACUUUCUGUUCUUUUAACUCCACCCAUCCCAGACAUGACGAAUGAGGUGGAGAAGUUGUGAGGGUGUGGAUGGCGUCCCUAGUUUAAAAUAGAGUAAAUAGAUUUUAGCCAAAGUAAAAAUCUAUCUAUGUUAUUGUCUGUUUAAUACCAUGUCUAUCACUGUAAUGCUUUUGGUCAGAAUAAAGUUUUGUUUUCU